AUGGCUGCCAAAUAUCGUGUUUCUCCGGUUUCAAAUACUCCACUCUCGAAUAGAUAUAUCCAAGAUGAUAACGGAACAACGGCCGGGAAUACAAGGCUGCCCACGGGGGCUUGCAAUUUCACGAAUUUAAGUGCCGCAGCAGGUGGUGGAAGUGCCCCGAAAUGCGGGUGUAGGAGAUAUUGGGAUAAGGCAUUGGGUUAUCCAGAGGGGCAGGCUGCAAAAUCUGGGUUUUGCAUGUGUGAGCAUCAUGCCUGCUUUCAUGAUCAUGAACCCGAAGACACCCACACGAACAAGACUUUGGGUGACCUACAUGCUAGCCAGGGCGUCUCCUCUACUUCGAAGCAGCCGGAUAUCCAGCAGGUGCCAUUUCGAAUCGAGCCAACUGGAAGAAAUCCCAUCCAGGAGACCUAUACUAGCCGACGCACUGCCCAAGAGUCCCAACUUCCAGAUACCCUUCGAUGGAGCCGUUCUAUACCUGCUGGGUCCCCAGAGGGCUUGCCAGCGAUCCCAUCCCAAUGUCUAAUCCCAUCUGACAAUGGCUCGGGCACUUCAGGCAGUCAGACGAGAUACCUCCGGCCGUUUGGUGGCCUAGGACUCGAAACUCUGAGCAAUAUACAGAAGCGUGACUCUGGUGACGUGGCACGAACCAUGAAGGACCACCCCCUGACCGAGAAUACGCGUGCCCUCGAAGUCUAUGAGGAUGCAAACGGCAAUGCGUAUAUGCAGAGUAUUACAGAAGCCGCUACUCCAAGUGCAAGAGCAUCGCAGGAUAUUGAACCUGAAUUUGCUAGGAAUAUAUCCGAUGUUCAGGAUGCCCUCGAGAAAAUUGUGGAAGAGAGUCGCCGACCAGCGGAAUCUAUGAAGAGGUGUAUAGAAACUAGAUCUAGUACCCAGGUCUUAAUCAAGCAGUCGGAUUCGGUUCCCGGAAUGGAUUCAGUUUCUGUCGUCAACGAUCCGGAUGAUUUGUUGAUUCCCAAGCUUCGAAACAUCAUCGGUCAUAUGGCCAAAUACCCGACGACAGUGCAAAACCACGAGCGACGCUUGGAUCUUUUAGAAAAUGCGUCAUUUACCCAUCCGGCCGUGGAGGAUCUUCAGGAAGGGCAUAACAUCAUGGACAUGCGAGUUGGUGAACUCGAAGGUAGAUUAGAGGAGCUCGAGAAGGCACAAAUUGCUCAAAACGAUGUCAGUAGUGUCGGCAGUCAACAGCAUGCCGCACCUUCUAUUGAUUCCAGGAUUUCAACAACUUCAUCUGCUAUGGUAGUAGCAGCUAUGCAUCAAGUUGACUCAUCUCGGGUUGAAGCUCUCGAAGCCCAGGUAGCUGAGUUGCAAGCCUCUGCCCCUCCAUCUCAUACCCGACCAUGGGAGGUUGAGGUCGUCUUCCUUCCCUUUGGGUCGAAUCUCAUGGGGGUUUGGCCAUCACAAGACACUCUAGCUCAACGUUCGAGGGGAAAUAGUACGGCUACAGAUGGAUGGACGCAAACCCAGAAUAAUUCUCUGGCUGCAGCUCAGGCAUGCCUCACUGCCCAUGACCGCACUUCAACUUGGGAAAAGUCUAUGUCAGAUUUUGCAACCGAUGAUGCUUCGUCAUGGCUCAUGGCUAGGGCGUGCAAAGCUCGAAGCAGGGUGGAUGAGCGACUUAGGAGCAGAGGACUAGUCAAGUUGAUUCAGAUCUGCGGACCUGAUGCCCGGGAUGUCCAGGCUGCAAUGAUGUCCGCAUUUGGAGACCUUCCGGGCUUGCUCGCCGAAGACCCUUUUACUCAACACGACGACGAGAACAAGGGUGCCACCCCUAGUUUCCUGUCGAAAUAUCUUGGACUGCAAGCUUCUUGGGUUCCGUUACGGAAGUUGCACAAGGACUCAUCUCUUCGAUUCCUAAAUCCUUCCGAAAUGUUGACCCCAGCACUUUGGACGGCACAGUUUCUUACUUCCAGUGUCGCUAUGCGAACAUCUGGUACAAGACGCCUUUUUGUCACGCAGCGAGAUAGUUAUAUACAACAUCUUGGUCCCGCUACAGCCUGGACAUGGCAGAAGCUGCGCCAACUGCCACGGGUCUAUCAAGAUCAGUCCAGUUUUGACCACACGCCGGAAGCUGAUGCACAUGAGCCUUGCUGGGAGUUUGAUGAACGUCUUGACUCACCUCCUCUCAGCCUUCACUCAUCAUUCGCAUCCCAGAUAUCGUCGUUAAGCAUCCGAUCAUUUGCCCACAAACCUGCUUCACCGUCCAACCACUCCUCGUCGGGCGCUAGUACCCCUACCCCCAACGCCUCCUCCACAUCUACCUCCGUCGCGCCACCGGCCGAUAGCUCACUCUCUCCCAUUAAGGGACGAAACCCUUUCCGCCCAAUUCACAUCCGAACAUCCUCCUUGCCAUCCAUUGCUCCCCUCAAGUCUUCUCCCUCACAGCCAGGCAAACGACGCAUUGCCUCCUUCGACCACGAAACACAGUCAUCGCCGACUCGUGCCACACCAUCAAUACUUAACCUAACUCUAAAACGUCGUCGUAUCUCCCGUUCCCCUAGCAGGCCAUGCAACACCCCCCGCUGGAGCGUGGGCCCUCCUAGCCCUUUUGCCUUCAUGGACGAUAUCGCGGAACCUAAUAAGCGUGGGACGACUCCGUUUGCCUACGCAACACCGCACAGCAACGCUCCAUACAUCGACCCAAGGCCUAGGAGUGAUGUGGAUAUUGAGAUAUAUCAGGAUGAAUAUGAUGAUGAUGAAUUAGGCAGCACGACUGAUGAAUUGGACCUUGGCGUUGACGAAAGCGGUGGCUGGGAACAAAAUGCUUUGAGUGACUAUGAGCCCGAACCAUCUGACGAGGAAGCUUCCAAGCAUAGUGACAGUUUCCAGGCUCGUCAACUUGAUGAUGAGUGGGAAGGUGUACAAGAUUUGGAGGAUGGGUCACGGCUGCCUGGAAGAUUUGGAAGCAUUCGUGAGGUGGCAGGUCAUAGUGCAGAUGUCGAUCGCGAUGACGCGCAGAGUGACGCGAGUAGUCAACCGUCUGAGUACCCAAGUACUCAAUACGACAUGUUCUCUCGAUCCAAAGCUGGAUUCAAGAUCCAUGUUGACGAGGAAGCUGAUGCGGGUGUGUAA